AUGACCUUGUCUGGUCGAGACAACAGCCAGCAAGGCAAAACGAGGAGCAGCCCCGCCGGAAGUGCGCUCAAUGCCUUAAGCCCCGAAGCUCGCAGGCAAGCAAUAUCGGCCAUGCAGACAGCAGAGUCCACCACCGAGGUCGUUGGCGUCCUGUCAAAAACAUUGCCAGGAUUCAGUUGCACCGACAGGGAUGCUGCCAACUACAUUCCACGCACGUCUCUGCACCGUUGGAGAACGAGAAACGCAACCUGGCUUGCAAACAGACAGUCAUCUGAACCUACGACCUGGAACGAAGAGUACGAGCAGACCUUCGCCAUUGCCUUCGUGAAGCCUGACAAGAGAUCCGCCACGACCGUGCCUGAAGGAGACGCCAAUGGCCUCUGGCUGCUCAAUGGGGCUUGGACAUUCUGUCCGACAUGUGGUCGAAGGCAGGCCAGGAGUUCUCCGUCGGCAUUGUCAGCUUCCUCCAUCUACAGUCCCGCCGUCAUCUGCUACUUGGGCUGUGACACCGAUGCUCAGGACUUGCUGGCUCCACCGCAAGCAAGUGUGACGCGUGUCAAAUUGGAAGGAUACGUCACCCCUCUGGCCAGGUAUUGGCAGCCUUGGGUAGAUUACAUUGCCAACGGCCAGCUGCCGCUCAGCACUUUGCUGUCGCAGGACGAGUUGGAAGGUUUGGCCGUGCUGGACAUAAAGGUUGAGUUCAGAAGCAGACGAGGAGGCAACGCCGAGAUUCUGAGCAAGCAGAAACGCACCGUGGUGCGCUGCCGAUGGAGACCUACAUCUCUUGCAACGAGGGAAAGGAGCGAUCAGGCCGCUCGCGCAUACACAUGGCUACUCACCCACAAUGCGACAUACGCCAGCUUUGUGGAGCGCCACGAGCGUUUGCUUCGAGAUGGGGGCCACGAAGACCAUGCUUGGCGUGAGAUACCAACUGCGGAACUGCUACUCAGUUCGCCCGGCAUCGAGGUGGCAGCGCGACCGUGGCUGUACCCGCUGGCGAGCUUCGGAGAUAGCGACCUCAAACAUCGGCUUGUACCUCUCGGAUGGUUGGAUAGCAAAUCGAACCCCAGCUCGAGAACCAGUUUCCUACGGAAGUUGACUAGCCGCUGCAUCGACUACAGCCGAGACUUUCCUCUACAAUGCCUGCUCUAUGACACGUUCCUGGCACGCACCAUCAGUUCUGUCAUUAACGUUGCCAACCAGAAGCGCAUAGCUCCGGAACAGGCUGCCUGUGACAUGGAUAUGUUUGAAGGCUACUGGCUGCAACAAUUACGAAAGAUGGAAGACGUCUGCAGGCAAGAGUGGGAACGCAGCGCCGACAUGUCCCAGGCGCUGCCCAGCAUCUUUUUCACAGUAGCACCCGCGGAGUGGAGAUAUGUCCUGCCGGAUGGUAUGUUCUUCGACGACACUUUGACAGAGCAGCAGGACAUGAUCACGCUGCACCUCUACCACACUCUGCAAACGCUGCUUGAGGUGCACUUGCUGAAGCACGGACAAAGUCUGACUCAAGUAGGAAUCGCCAAGGUACGUCAGUGGAGCUUUCGAUUUGAGUUUCAGUCUCGCGGAACGCUGCACCUACACGCCGUUCUUUGGGCAGAUCUGCUGCCAGGUUGGACAGCUGCAGACAUUACAGGCCGGACCAACACCGGCAAGAGCUCAGCCUUUUUGCGCCUGCUUGAGGCUUUGUUCAACUCUCGAGCAGACGUUCAGUGCGGCGAUGGCAGUCAUGUAUUGCUGAGAUACGUCGCCGGUUACCUCGCCAAAGCCUCUGACGCUCUGCAGUUUCAGUCGAAGCAGGCUCACCAUGGCAGCGAAGGAAGCCAGUGGAGACAAACGUAUCGGCUCUUGGCAAAAAGGUCGCCGAUGGAGCAGGAGAUGAUCAUGGAGUUUGCUGGCUUGGCCAUGGUCAAGCACUCCUUCUCUGGCAUGGCCAUCUUCGCACCCAUUCCAGGUAGCACGGCAAAAAAUACUUCCCGACAUCACUACGAAGCCUACCAGCACCACUUGAAGCAACAGGCUGGAGGUUUUGGAGAUGCAAGAGGUUUGACUUUUAUACAAUGGCUACGACGAUUUCGUGUGGUAGGCACCAAUGAGAAGGACUACAGCAUUGCCGCGCGAAACCAUGCAGGGCCCGCCAAAGGCAAGGACUGUGGCAUCGCGAUGUCGUUUCCAUUCGAGUUGCUGGACAUCUUCGUGGGCGCAUGGGCUGCUACGUGCAUGGAAGGCAUGCUCGAAGAUCGACUCCUGCCGGACGUCGACGACAACCUCCAGCUGGUCGGCUUCGACGCAGAGCUCUCACGCCGACGUUCCUUUCAAGCUCCUGAAGGUUGCCGCCAUCUGAAAGCAGUGCUUUGCCUCGACGAGUUUCAACUCAAGGACUCCUCGCCGCAGAUCUUCAGCCCCGAUGUUGGGAAAUUCCUUAUCGAGGUUGAGCGGGAACUUACUUUUCGCGGCCUGGGACUGGACCGCAUUGCCACUUUCAAAGCCAGAAUGCACUCCUGCACGUUGCUUCUCCUGAAGAUUCGGGAUGGAGACGAGGAUCCCGCACUCUGGAGCGCGCGCAAACUCUCAUCGCCUCCAAGACGCGACUGGUCGCCAGAGCAGCAAAAGGUCCUCGACUGCAUCCACAAAGGCAUAUGCAUCAGCGAUGCCGGCGCGGCCUCCACCUCCAACCGUCUUCUACAGGUAUGCGGUGGACCUGGCACGGGCAAGACUGAAGUCGUCAUCGCAGCGGCCAGGCAGGCGCUCGAAGACAACUGCCGGGUGCUCAUUGCAGGGCCGGUUGGUCUCCUGGUGUCCAUGUACAGGUUGCGACUUCCUGCCACCGACAAUCUGACAAUGGAGACCAUCCACUCAGCAUUUCAGCUGACUCGAGACGCCGACGCUGCUUACGUACCUCCAGGAAGGCUGCGGCGCUACGAUCUUAUCAUUCUCGAUGAGGUCAGCCAAGUCGACAGCGACUCCUGGGCGAAGCUGAAGACGGCUCUGGGCGAGUUGCACCCCGGCCCGUUCGUGGUGUUUGUAGGAGAUUUUCAUCAGCUCCAGCCUAUAUCCGGCCCCCCAAGACUUCAACAAGAUCUGGACCGACAAGUUCAGCAAGGUCACAUGCCUCUGAUCGAGCUCAAACAUCACCAGGCGGCCCGGUCCGUCGAUCCGGAAAUGCUCGGCUUCCUAACCAUGGCCCGAGUCCAGCAACCUUCACGCGCUGUCCUCGAGGAUUUCUUCCGUGGACGUGUUUGGUCUGGUGAUAUCCACCAAGCGGUGCAGAAAGCCCGACAGCUCGAGGCCGCCGACGCCAAGCCGUUCACAUUCCUCACAGUCACGAACCGUGGUGCAGAGAGAAUUAACUUAGCAAGGCUGUCCAUGGAGUACCCGGCUGAAGCCAGAAUCCUGGCAGAUGGCGGCGGCAUUCCCGCGGAGCUCGGCAAGGUGGAGCUGGCGCUAGGCAUGCGAAUUCGGUUGACCUACAACGUCGACAAGGACAGAGGCUUUGUCAACGGCAACUCUGGCAUCAUACGCGCCUUGCUACGCAGGGACAUGUUCAUUCUUCAGAGCACCCAGAACAUUUCCAUCCUUGUGCAUCCAAUCACGGUCAAGGGUCGCAAGUUCUUACCGGUGACUUAUGGCUGGGCCACAACCAUGAGACGAGCCCAAGGAGCCACACUAGACCACGUCGGGCUGUGGUUUGACCGCCGACUAGCCGACAGAGGAUACGCCUAUGUUGGCGUCUCCAGGGCCAAACGCCGCAACGACGUUUUCAUUCUUGGCCGAGUAAGGCGCACUGACUGGCGUCCCGUCGGCGGAAACCCUGAGCAAGAGCAAGAACACUUGUCAGCAAUCAGCGAGAGCUCUAACGAAGAGGAAGACGGGCCGUCGUCCGAUGACCUCGAGUCUGCCGACAGCUCCCAGGAGCCAGAUUUCAGUUCGUUGAGCUCGGAGUGA